UUUAUCAGAUGUCUUGUCUCCCUCUCGUUUACGAUUUUUCUGUUUUACGGAGUAGGCGCUUCUAAUUAUCUUUUACCUAUAAAAAGCAAGCGAAGCCCAUACUCAACUCAAUAGUCGCACUACGAAGUCGGCACUCGACACAUCUAUAAAGGUGUUUAUCAUUUUUAAUUCCAUAACUCACAAAUCUUGCGAACAUGAUCUUCUGGGUCGUAAUUACCUGUUUGUGGACUGCAGUAUUCGGCCAACUCAAAGACGGCUCCAUCGUCUUUCCUAGUAACAAUAUUAUAAAUCAUGCACCAAGCGCUGCAUCAAAUCCUAAUCCAAGUUUAUCAAUAGUUAACGCUGAUUCAGGAAAUUGCAAGUGCGUUCCAAUUGGAACAUGUCCACCUGGCGGAAUCGGUGAAUUUAUUGACGUUCGAAUCGUUAAUAAUGGCUUACUCCCGGGUAACUGUCAGUUCGGCAACGUGUUGUGCUGCCCAAAUAAUAGCACGACCACGAUGGACUCGACCUGCGGCAUUAGGAAGAUCACGCCAACGCCACAGCCGGUGGUAGGUCAAACGAGUUUUGGCGCUUACCCCUGGCAUGCGAUCAUCAUUACCAAGCAGGAGCUCUACCUCGGCUCCGGUGUCCUCCUCGACUCCACCCACAUCGUCACAGCCGCCCACAAGGUCAACGCCUUUGUGAAUAACCCGACAAUGAUACUGGUGCGUCUGGGCGAAUGGAAUACCCAGAAUAACAACGAGCCCUAUCCAAGUAUCAACCUAAACGUUGCCAAAAUUAUAAUUCACCCGAGCUUCAAUGCUAAUAAUUUGGAAAACGACGUAGCCGUUGUGAAGCUUAACGGCAUGGCGCCUAUCGCGUCAUAUCCAAACAUCAAUACAGCCUGUAAGCCUUUGAAGCCGCCGGCAAUUGGUACCAGAUGUUACGUAUCCGGAUUGGGAAAGAAUGCAUUUGGUGCUAACGGAAUGUAUCAAAGUAUUAUAAAAGAAGUGGAUGUACCGAUACUUGAUAUUAAUGAUUGUGAAAAUUAUCUUCGACAAACGAGAUUAGGAGCAAACUACGUCCUUAACAAGAAUACAUUUAUAUGCGCUGGUGGAGAAAGUGGAAAAGAUGCAUGCACGGGCGACGGUGGUGCUCCACUUGUUUGUCAACGGAACAAUCAGUGGGAAGUCGUCGGUCUCGUCGCUUGGGGAAUUGGCUGCGGUACUGCGGGCGUUCCUGGUGUCUACACCAAUUUUUAUAACUUCUUAAGCUGGAUUAAUCAGACUAUUGUAAAUAUGUAA